AGACGAAGUGCACAAAAAGGGGAGGAACCUGAAGGAGGCAUAAACAAUUACAAAACGAAACACCGCCUAGCCAAAAGUGGCAAUGAAACGUGAAUCUCUACAUGCAGCAGACUAAAGUUGCUCAUUAGCGAAGGAGCCAUCGGGCCGCCGUCAAGGCGGAAAGUCCAGAUCUGAGGAGCGCCUGUAUCGUACAAGCGGCGCCACUUUACUUCUGAAGCUUCUGCUCGCUCCUGUCAUCUUUAGUCUGAACACUGGCUUCAAUAGACGAAAACUCUUGCUUUCAGCACCCGAAGUGCGGACAGUUCCCUUCUCUCCCUCGUAUGUACCAUAGACGAGCUUCUUCUUUGUUAUUUUUAGGGCAGUCAGUUCUGACUCAGCGUUUCUCUUCCAGUUCAGAAAGACUUUGCACAUAUGAACACCUUCAGUGAAUUAAUGUUGAAAACACUCAAAUAAGGGACAUUUCCGACUGGAGAAGAACCGAUCUGACUUUACACUCAAUAUGUACCAGGGGCACUUGCAGGGAAAAGACUCUAGAACGACAGAUAAGGGCGUUGCCAUGGUGCUGAAGGAGAUACCAAGUAAAGCGUCUUCAGAAGGAAGACCCCUCCUCACAGUGACAACCAAGGUGGGCGGAACCACUGCCGAGAACCAGCAAAAACUGGUGACUGAGCAGCAAGAGAGCCGGCCCCUAUUGAGCCCCUCCAUUGAUGACUUCCUCUGUGAAACAAAGUGCGAUGCGACCACACGUCCUGUGACGUCCAACACGGCAGUUCUGUCCUCAACCUUGGACUUGCUGGACCUCAGUGAUCCCAACGAGAGGAAAAACAGCAACGAGAGGAACAAUCUAAUGGCUAUGAGCGGAGAAGGCCUCAAGAGCGCCCCCCACAGGAAGAGACCCGAUGAGACGGAGCUGAUCCAGGUGGACGUUGAACAAAGUGCCACUUGCUGCCAGACACCUGAGAGGAUGGCGCUGGACUCAGUCAAUAAUUCCUGUCCCUUGGAGAAAUGGGAGGAGCUGAACCUCUACCCUGAGAGGAACAGCAGCAGGAAAUGGAAACUGGAAAAAAGGCAUUCAUCGAAAAACUCCUCAAACGAAUUCCUUUGGUCCUCAGAGUACAAAACUCCAUCAGAUUCAGCCACAAGAAACACACUUGAAAUUAACGCCAAUGCUGAAGCGGAGCCUCUACAUUUUUCUCAGGGCCGCUUGAGCAAGGAGCAAAGGUGGGGCAGCACGCUACUGUCCCGAAACCAGUCCUUGGAAGAGGAGUUUGAGCGAGCCAAAGCGGCAGUAGAGUCAGACACGGAGUUUUGGGACAAGAUGCAGGCUGAGUGGGAGGAGCUGGCUCGCAGAAACUGGCUGACGGAGAGCGACCAGGCCCAGAUCCCUUCCAGCGUCUCACCUCACGAGAAGGGCUACUAUUUCCACACGGAUAAUCCGUACAAAGACUGGCCCAACGCGUUUGAAGAUGGGAUGAAGAAGGCUCACGAGGGGGACCUGCCCAACGCGGUGCUGCUCCUGGAGGCUGCCGUCCUGCAGGACCCACAGGACUCUGAGGCUUGGCAGGUUCUGGGAACCACACAGGCGGAGAACGAGAACGAGCAAGCAGCCAUUGUCUCCCUCCAGAGGUGUCUGGAGCUGCACCCCAACAACCUGCAGGCGCUGAUGGCGCUGGCCGUGAGCCUGACCAACACGGGAAUGCAGCAGGAGGCAUGCGAAGCCCUCCUCAGCUGGCUGCGGCACCACCCCAAGUACAAGUAUCUGCUGAAGGGGAGGAGCCAUGUCGGGGGCUCACCAGGGUCCCAGCGCAAAAUGCUCUCUGCCUCCAGCACGAGCAGCGCCCUGCUGGUAGAUGUGAAGGAGCUCUUUUUAGAGGCUGCCCAGAAGAAUGCAGAUGUGAUUGACCCAGACCUGCAGACCGGCCUGGGUGUGCUCUUCAAUCUCAGCUGCGAGUUUAACAGAGCCGUGGAGGCCUUCAAUAAAGCGCUGUCUGUCCGACCACAAGACUACCUGCUGUGGAACCGCCUGGGGGCCACGCUGGCGAACGGGGACCGCAGUGAGGAGGCCGUGGACGCCUACACCAAGGCCCUGGAGCUGCAGCCAGGCUUCAUCAGGUCGCGCUACAACCUGGGCAUCAGCUGCAUCAAUCUGGGGGCCCACAGGGAGGCAGCCAGUAACUUCCUCACAGCCCUUAACUUACAGAGGAAGAGCAAGAGUCGGCAGCUCUCUCACCAGGUCAUGUCUGGCAACAUCUGGGCUGCCCUUAGAAUAGCUCUGUCCAUGAUGGACCGGCCUGAGCUCUUCCAAGCUGCCAGUAUAGGGGACCUGGACCUUCUCAUGAAGGCCUUUAAGCUGGACAUAUGAGCUGGACUCACUGACUGCUACAGGAGCCAAGCAUCCAAAGCUGGAUAUAUAUUUAAAGGAGAUAUAUCAAUUCUUUUUUUCAUAUUAAACCCGACAGUUUUGCUGAGCACUUUUUCAGUCCUAGAUACGUGCUUCAAGAGAGUCAUUAGUGAUGGAUUUACACUGUUUUCUUGAAGAUCACAAAUACAGGUGGGAAUACAUUAUGCCUUAGAUAAUAGACUAAUAAAGUACAAAAAAGACAUUCUUACAAAAAACUGGGCAUUCUGCAGUUCUGACUUUUUAUGACCUGACAUCCAGUUACUUCCAGUGUGCUUUGGUAAUACAAUAAAUGAGAAGGAAUGACUACCCAUGUAGCGCAAUUACAUUCUGCCUAUUUAAAUUCUCAUUUUCCUCGCUAGGACCGGCAACUUCUUGUGCUUACAAGGUGGUCAACAUUUUUAUUUCUGUGACCUGUAAUUUUUUUUUUCACAUCAAAAAGUUAACUCCAUCUCUCUGGGGACAGCAAGCUCUUUCCUCUCCAUCUCUGCACUUUGCAUCUCUGCCAAGAGCCAAAUUAAUCGUCUUCAGGCCAUUUCUUCAGCCCCCAUCUUUCUUUGGAUCAAGCAGGCACCUUAAGCACCUCUGCAACAGCAGGCCAGUUCUUGGCUAAUUUGUUACAUUAAUUCCAGUCCAGGCGUUAAGUGGCUCAUUUUUUUCAUAUACUCUUUCGAAAGGAAGUCUUUCCUAUCGAUCUCCUCCUCGGGAGCUUGAGUCUUAAGACACAGGUUUGAUUUUUUUGUCAGGCACACAGCUAACAAGACGGAUGCUGAGCUUGAUGGAUUACACUGACUCACAAGCCGCUGCACCACAAGUAAUCGCAACCAACCUGUUACUUUCAACAAACUCAUCAAGUGUUGAGUAUCGGAACUAUAAAUCGGUUUGAAAUGACCCCAGGUCAUCUCAUGGAACUAAUAGUCAAAGGUAUUCUGUACCGAAACAAAAACGGUCAAUGAAACGACAACAGAAAUCGUGUUUAGGCUCGUUCACAAUUUAGUAAAACUUCCCAAACAAAUGAGACACAUGCUGCAAUAUGACUACAAUUCAAUCAAGUUACUCUACCAUGUUAGGGAUAAUGACAAUGUAAUGGAUAGAAAAAUAUUCUCUGAAAAGGAAAAAAACAACACAGAGCCUAAUUUUUCUGACAGUUACUCACUGGAAUUGAGAUGUAGAGAUGUACAAUUUCUAGAUGUAGAAAUGGCUGAAAUUGCAUUUAUUUGUCAGCUUCUAGGCGUUGAAAAUGCACAUUAGCAAUAGCUUUCCACUUGCAUUUUAAACUGCAUGCCCAGAUGGAGAAGGUAAUAUGUUCGAUUUUAAGAACCUAUGCAAAAGAUCGCGUCAUGGUGCAGUCCUUCAGCUUGAGUCCACUAACCAAAAAGAUUUUUUUUUUCUAAUAAGCUAUCCUAGCAAAUCGUAAAAUGUUUAGCUUUAUUUUUAUAGUUUCUACAUGAACGUUGAGCUCUCCAGAAGGAGAAGGAGUGGUUUUGUCAGUGUUGCUGGAAUGUAAGUGCUUACUGAUUACUCAUUAUUUAUUGCAGGGGUGUCUGCUCUGUUCCCUGUGUCCCACACGGUACGGUAUCAACCUUUUUGCUUCAAUUGAGCUGGAUGACUAUCAUUUGAAGUGAUGUUAAACUGAAUUUGUGCAUUUUCUGAAAACUGUUACAUGUACGGUUUUCUUAAUCAAAUGAACUCUGUGGUAGUUACUUGUGAAUAAUAAUAUGUAUUAUACUUGAUUUUGUGGAAUCAAGUAUUUAUUGAGUAUUUGCAUAGUUAUUAAACGGUUGAGAAGUCAAUAUUUUUGAAACAUCGUUAAAGUUUUAUUAUUUUAGGUAUAAUUUUGGCAUUAACACUAUAGAAACAUUAUAGCAAGUCUGAAAACACAUUUAGUUUAACAUGAUUUACUAUAGGCAAUUUGUUGAGGAGCUCAAUUAAAGCAAAAAGAUUAAUUAAGAGUUUUUCUGGUUCUCAUUCCAGCACAAACUUCCACGCAGGAGGACCGGAGUCUGUCAGCCUGAUGCAUUACAUGAAUUCUCUGUUAAUGAUGGUGGUGCGUCAGCAAAAAAAAACAAAUGACUUAGCAAUAUGAUGAAAGCAAUUUCUGAGCACUAAAAUACGGAGGCAGAUUGUGCACACUUUUUAAAAUAAGUGGAGCCUCCAUAUUUUGUAAACUUUCGGUCUGACACAAAAUCUAUGGAUGCAGUUUGGAUGGACAGGGGGUGAGACUGAGAUUUAUGUGGCUUCUCUGAACACCGGUGCUGUUUACAGUCAGCAUGCUGAAAUGAAUUAAUUCAACCUGCUUUACAAUGACCAUUAAAUAGUCACCGAAGUGGAAGCCAGCUUGGCGUGAAGGUUUUGGGCUGAAGACUUCAAACAGCCUUCUAUGGCAGACAACCACUGUGGUCACGUUUAAAAAUCAGAACGAUGAAGGUGUGUUUUGAUCAUAGAAGAUAUGAGGACCCCGACCCCCAAUUCACAUCAAUUCCAACUCCAAUAUAAUGUAACUGUAAAUUAAGAACACUAACUGCAGGACAAAAGCAAUUAAUCAGUAUGUGAUCACAUCACAGAAAUGUGCGCUUUGCAUGCCCCUUAGAGUAGAUCAAACCCCAUCCAGCCCUUCUCUUGCCAGUAGUUUCCGCACCAAGCCGGCAUGCUGCUCUCACUGUGCAUUAAAGAGAAAGGUGUUACUGCCGACGCAGCCCGCGGACCCUCUGCAAGUCACCCUCAGAUCUCCCACGGGCACAUUUAUGAAUAGUUUCUAGAUUUUAAUUUCUAAUAAUAACACGGCACCUGAAAAGAAAGUUAUUUUUUUAAAUAUAGAAUUUUAGGCUUAGUCUUGAAUUCUGCUGUAGAAUAGUGAUGUCGAUUUAGAAACCGAAAGACCUUUUUUCGUAGAACUUCCCUUAUACUGUCUCAGGUGUGGUAACUUACCUGUAAGCAUGCUCCAAAAAAAUUGGGUACCAUGAAGGCUGCAUGCCAGAUGUAUAUUUAUUUUUAAAAUCCAGUUCAUUUAUAAGCAUGGAGUUUCUUUUUUUUUCUCUUUGUAUACAUAAUAUUUAUCUAUAACAAAUUAUAAUAUUUCUCAUAAUGCACUUUUGUUCUUUCAGUAUCUGUAUUGAAUUACCUAGAGUGAAAACUGCUUUGAUGAACAAAAUACCUACUGUAGAUAUAGAAAACUGUAAAAACUUUAUAAUCUGCGUAUAAUGGAUGCUCUUUAUUCUCCCAAGAUACAUCAAAAUUAUAGGUUUCAGGUAUAUUGUAUGGAUAAGACUUUUAAAAUAAAAUGUUGCAAUACAGACAGAUUAUAAAUGUAUGUCUUUAGUUGCUUUGAGCUGUUUGUGCCUUUAUUAUUGCAUUUGGCUGUACUUAUGGAAAAUGGUAUGCAUAACAGACUUAUUUGUAUAAUCUAAUGCGGUCCAGUUCCCUGGCCCAUUCACAGAACAGGGCCAUAAAUACCACUGGACUGAUAUCCAACGAAAGUUUUUAUUUUUUUCUCCAGUUACUCAGGAUCCAAUUUUGCAUGUCUUUGUUCCACUGAAAUUAUUAUAUUCAAACUUAAAUUGUUUUAAUCAAAAGUGUGGAAGGCCACCCUGAAUCCAUCCAUUCAUCUAUCGAUCCAUCUUCUGUGCCCACUUAUCCUAUUCAGGGUCAUCGGGGGUCUGGAGCCUAUGGGCACAAAGCAGGGAACAAGCCAGGACGGGGUGCCGGACACACACACUUACUCAC